UUUUAAAAUACCCUGAAAGCUCAAUGUAAAUGCAAUGAUAUAUGUACACAAUAUUUGAAAGUUGAAAAUAUAAUUCACAUAAAAUUACUGUUGAACUACCAUCACUUGAUCCUUAUCUCUAACUCUACAUGGAAAUGUCUUCUUGGUCCUCGGAUUUUAAAGAACAAUCAAGAUUGUGCAAUGAUCUAGACUGUGAUAUGGAUUAUUUACUAUCUGGGGGGUAUGAAAGACUGGCAUCAGCCUACACCACUGUUAAUUGUAAUUCUAUACAGUCCGCAUUUGCUUUACCAAUAUCAACAAACUCAUCCUUUUGCUCAUCAAGUCAAAUAUGUCCUACAAAUUCAAUAUUCCCUUGUAGACAAGUCAUUACAUGUUCUUGUCGAUGCUGUGACCCAUGCUCAGAUAACUUCUGUUUUAUGGCAAAUAGAAACAUAAUUCAAUUACGUGAUAAAAAUUUAGACUUUCCAGAUAUUUCUGUGAAUGAUAAUAAUGUUGAUAUUGGCGAUGGAGACGAUGAACAUCCUAAAUUAAGCCUAACUGAUCCAUUAAUGACAGAUAUUGCAGUGGGAGAAUUAGAUAACUCACCAAUUUCAUGUCAUGAAUAUGAUACAUUACUUAUGCUUCCUUGUUCAUCAUCGUCUUCUAUAUCCUCGAUUGGGUAUAUUAAUAAUCAUUGUAAUUCCAUGUGUUCAAGUCCUACAGAAAUGGAAUUUUUCAAUUCAUCCAAUUCUUCAUAUUCAAAUAGUAAUAAUAAUAAUAAUAGCUAUAAUAAUUCAAUAUCUCCAAUCGAAUGUUCUUCAUCCUCGUCGAAUAGUUCUUGUUGUUCAUUUAAAUCACAACAAUGUUACAAUUGUAUGAAUUCAAUUCAAAUAAAAAAUCAUUUCAAUAAUAAUAAUAAUAAUAAUAAUAAUAAUAAUAAUAAUAAUAAUAAUAAUAAUAAUAAUAAUGGAUCUUCUCUCAAUAACUCUACAACCAUUAAUAAUACAACUGUAACAACAGUGACAACAGCUACCACUACUACUAGUAGUGCUGCUUCUGUUAAUAAUUCUAUCACCACUACAGAUAAUGAUGCUGUUAUUGUGUCCACGUCGAAUUCAUUAGUGAAAUUAUUCAAGAAUUCAACUAAUGAUCAUCGAAAUCAAUUGCCUAAUUCUUCAUUAUUAUCAUUCAAAACUGGCAGACCUGUAUGGCAAAUGAAAUUUAUGCGUAAACAAUAUGUUUACAAUCGUACAGUAUUGAGUAAUAACAAUAAUAAUAUUAAUAGUAAUAAUAAUUCUGCCAAUUCAUUAACACGAUCGCGUCAAUUGCAUCAACAAUCGUAUCAUAACAAUCGACACUAUCACCAACAACAGCAUCAACAACAUCCACACCAAUUACAUCAUCCGUCUAAACGUCGUCUUUCGUGUGUAUCAAAGAAAUCAUCUUCUUCAAAUAAUAAUAAUCAUAAUCAUAUUGAACAAAUUUAUAAUUCACAACCAACUUCAAUGCAUUAUGAUUAUUCCACUGUUAAUAAUAAUGAUGUAGUACAAGAACAUUUAUCCGCCAAUCAAAAUAUCUCAUCAUUUCAAGGACAAACUGUUCAAUAUCCAAUUCAUGAUUUAUUAUCAACUUAUACAUUUCAAUUAUCGCCAUCAAUUUCAAAUAAUCAAAGUGAAAAGUUAUUCUAUAAUAAUAAUAAUAAUAACAAUAAUAAUCCUGAUAUUAAUACUUCAACAACACCAACAACUAUCAAUAGUCAUAGCAAUCAUACUAAUCAUAAUAAUGUUGACGGUAUUGUAAAUACUAUAGAAAGUAAAGAAAACAAUCUUAUGUAUAAGUCUGUUUCAUUGAGAAAAGAACACACUGACUUAUCAUCCAUUCGAUCAUUAUCGUUUAAUUCGUUUCCAGUAACAUCAACACCUCCAACGACCACGGCAACAACAACAGCACCAACUAAUAAUAACAAUAAUAAUAAUAAUAACAUGAAUUCACUAAUCUAUAAAAAUCAAUCAAGAACUAAUUCCAUUAAUCAUUCAAUGAAUAUAUCGAAUUCUGUUCAUAAACGUUUGCAUUUGUUACAGUUUAUUAGUAAACUUCUACAAUAUUCUUCGGAUUCAUUAAUAUCAUCAUCACCAUCAACGCCAUCAUCAUCCACAGUGUCUGCAUUCAUUUCUUCAUUAUUUCCUACAAUAACAACAAAUUCAUUUUGUUCAAUGAAUCAACAACCGGAUGAAUUUCUAUUACAUUUAUCUAAUCCUAAUUCACAAUAUCUUAAUUGUGUUCAAUGGAUUGAUAAACAAGCGCGUAUAUUUCAAAUAAGAAAUCCACAAAAAUUAUCACAAUUAUGGGGAUAUUAUCGUAAAAAUGGCAAUAUGACUUUUGAAUCUGUUAGUCGUAGUUUAAGAUUGUAUUAUGUCUCUGGGAAAUUAGAACGUAUUCGUGGUCAACGUAAUCAAUAUCGUUUUUUAGAUAUAAAUAUUUAA